UUUGACGAUGAAAAGGCGGCGACUCAAUUAGUUUAAUUGUUCGACAUUGGUUUACAAAAUGGCGGUGUGUUUAGCGAACGCGCGUACCAAGGGUACCGUAAAAUGUGUGGCGGUGAAUGUUGAGCUUUUCAGAAUUUGUGCUAACUGGCUAUUCGGUGGCCAGUGGUCGCGGAUAUCGAUAUCCGGAAAUUGAAUAUUGUCCCGCCGCCUGUAAAACGAUAUGAGUAUAGACUACGAUUUCUUCCAUUUAGCGCCGUUGAACAGAAACCGAUGAUGAAUGGCAAUCAUUUCGUUUUCGAAAACUCUACAUUCAUACGAAUAUACGAUUGUUGUGGGAUGACGAUAGGACACGGUUCUAAUUAAACCUUUUUAAGUUUACAUUUACAAAUUGUAUUUUACAAAUAUCUUCAAGUAAAAUGGCUUCUGCUUUAGAAGAAAGAGAAGAACUAAGUUCAAAAUGUUUUAUAUGCAAUGUUAAAAUUACUGCUCGUUCUUCAUACAAUAUAUAUUGUACCACUAUGCCUCAAAGAGAGGUGUUGUUAAUAGAUGUUAUGUCAAAAAUACUUAAAAAGGUUUUGAUCCCUUCUCAAAUGAGAAGCUCAUUAUUGUGUCGAAGAUGUUUUACACUUUUUGAUGAGUUGGAUCAGAUAUCUACACGUUUCCAAAAGCUUCAAACUGACAUUAUUAAACGUUACACUUCUACUUGUAACGAAUAUAAAGAUGAUAACUUUUCAAAUAUUAUGAAUAGUAUGAGUCCAUCAAAAAUUGAAGAACUUUCACACACUAAACAAGAAAAUGAUAAAAAAUCUUUUAAUGAUGAUGAUGAAAAUAACGAAAAAUCAUAUGUAGCUCUAAAUGAGAUUGUUGAAAACAUCAUAUGUAGUAUACAAGCUGAUGAAACUAUGGAUAAUGAUGAUGACCCUGAAAAGAUUGAAAUCAGUAAAGAGUGUACUUCUGAUACUUCAGAAGAUAAAAUUGUAGCAAUUAAUGAGGAGAUUACAAAACAUAUUGAUUCAGUAGAUGUCCCUUUAUCUGUUGAAGAACCAACCUGUGAAACAAAACCAAGAAAACAAAGUGUUGGUAAUAAUUACAAAUGUGAGCAAUGUGAUGAAUCUUUUUUACAAGCUUCAGAUUUAGAGAAUCAUUGUUCUGUUUGUAAUCAAAGCUUAUCAACCAAACAAGCAUUAAAUAAUCAUAUAUCCAAAGAGCAUAACACUUUGAAAAACGAGACAAUUAAUGAUCAAGUUGAUACAAUUUCUCCACCAAUUAAAACUGAAAACAAAACCUCUCUUAGUGAUACGGAUUCAAACAUAGUCAAUGAAGCUAGUGUUGAUUAUAUGAGUGAUGUUCCUGAAGGUGUGGUAAUUAGUGUUAAACCUGAAUUUUCUAUUGAUAAUAGUAUGUACUUGGAGGAAGUUGUACAAGAAGAAAAUGAAGAUGAUGAUUUUGAAUGGAAAGAAGAAGAACAACUUAACUAUAUUGAAGAAAAUAUUAUAGAAGAUAGUUCAAGUACAAUUGAUGAAACAAUAACUCCUUCAUCAGGAUCAGAAAAAUCUGAUAAAAAACAAAUUAAAAAAGGACGAAAAAAAAGGGGUAGCUCACGUUCUGGUGAACGGGCCUGUUUGCCAGCUAUACACUGUUGUGGACUUUGUGGUAAAAAAUGGAGAACAGUUACUGAAUUAAAAUCGCAUAUACAAUCCCACAGUUCUAUCAGACCUUAUGUUUGUGAGAUAUGUGGUCAAGCUUACAAAAUGAAAAAAGCUUUAGAUGUGCACAUUGGAAUGCACAAUGGUAUACAUCCUUUUACUUGUGAAUACUGUAAUAAGUCUUUUACACAAAAAGUUGGUCUACAAAAACAUAUUCCCAUUCAUACUGGAUACACACGGUUUCAAUGUGAUUUGUGUGGGAAGCGAUUUAUUCAUCAAAAAAGUUUUCACAUACAUACAAUGACUCAUACAGGUGAAAAACAUGUGAAGUGUUCUGAAUGUGGUUUAGCUGUUUUAUCUCAGUCACAUCUUAAGCGCCAUUUAAGAGUUCAUACUGGAGAACGACCGUAUGCUUGUCCAAUAUGUGGUAAACGUUUUGCUGAAAAGUAUAACAUGAAUGCUCAUGUGCAUAUCCAUGAGAAUAACACAGGAAAUGCACCAAGGAGAAAUAGAAAUCAUAUAUGCCAAUUAUGUGGUAUGAGUUAUGAUCGAAAACAUAAACUUGAAUAUCAUUUAGCUUCAGCACAUAAUAAAAUUGAUAGUAAAGUUUCUCAAGAUCAAGAAAUGGUGCAACUUCAACAACCAAAAAUUGAAUACUUUCAAGAAAAUUCCCAAGGUCAUCAAAUCAUCAAUGUAGAUAAUAAUGCUAUUGAACACAAUGGUAGCACUACAAUGAUAACAGUUAGUGGUGUCAAACUUCCAUUAUCCUUAGAUGGUACUCCAAUUAUGGUAACUACGAUGCCACAAGAACCCCAUACUACCAAUCUAGUACCACUCAACAUACCUGCAGGUUCUCUUAUCACUUAUAGGCCAUCAAACACAAAUGAUAAUAACGAUCAACAAAUGGUUGAUGGUUCUCAAAACUCUUACAUGCCACAAAAUCCUGUUACAAUACAAUUGUCUUAGAUAGUAAGUUUAUACGUAUAAUGAAGUUAAGGACUAUAACCUCGAAAAUCAUAAAAGACCCUCAGAUAUUACGUUUAUCUGUCAAACUCUGAAUCUAACAUUUUGUAUCGAAAUUGAAUUGUUGAUAGUAGUUUUAAGUAUCUAUUGACUACUUACAUUUCUUAAAUAUUUUAAGUUAUUUAUGUCUUAGUAAGUUAAGGUUUAUUAUUGUUCUGUGCACAACUCUUAUUCUUAUUAUUAAUAAAUAUUAAUAUGCAGCAAUUAAUUUUUUAACAAUUGCUAUAAGUUUGUUUUGACCAAUUAAUAGUUUAUUACUAUUACAAUUUAUUUGUGAAAAUGUAUGAAAUAGCAUGUUCUGUGAAUACCAUUGACGAUCAUUAAAAUCUAUGAAGUUAUGAUUAUAUGUUUAUAUUAGUAAAUAUAAAAACUUCUUUUCUUGAAUUAGUAAUUUUAAGUGUUUGUUCAUACAAACAAUUAUUUUAGUAAGCUUAAAAGUAAUUUUAUAAAUAUAGUUAUAUGCUACAAUAUUUUCAAUGAUUUUAACUGUAUCAUUUGUAUAAAAUAUAUCACUAAAAUUAUCUAAAAAAAAAAAAAAUGGAUUAUCCAAAAAUAAAAAAAACUGUAAUGAUCAAAAAUAAAAGUUUAAUUUAUGUUAAGCAAUUAUAACUUUUGACUAUACAUUUAAGUUUGAAAUAUUUAAUCUACAGCUACGAAUUACUAGUUUUUUAAAAAAUCAAAUCUCAUUUAAUAGGAUGUUAAGAACUAUAGAAAACAUAAUUUUUUUUUUAAUGUAGUUAAUGUAAUCUUCAUUAGACAUCACAGUUUUAAUUUUUUUUAAGUUAUUUUCUUUUUUAAUUCAUUUUAAUUUUAAUUUGUUGUUGAUACUUUCUUAAAAAUUUUAUUAUAUUAUUUUAUUUACGUGAUAUUUGAUUUAUACACAUUUUAGUCAAACUAAAAAUCUUGUUUUUAUUUCAUGAACAAUUUUAUGUUUAAUAAAUAAAACUUCAAUUUUAAGUAGGUGAUUAAAAAAUUGAUUUUUAUAAUUCAACUUAUUAUUAAAAAUUAUUAUGUUAAGAAACAUUCUUUGUAUUAAUUAAAAUUUAAAUCAUUAAACUUAUAGUUUUACAUUUUAUUACCUAUAGUAAUAAUCACAAAAAAAUAUUAUAAUAUAUAAUAGACAUUAUUUAAAAAAAGAAAGUUUCGAUUAAUGAAUCUAAUCUUACUAAAAUAUUGUAACAUAAUUAAUAGUUAUUUAUGUAUUAUUACAACAUAUCCUUUCUUUAAACAUAAAAAGACAACAUUUUAUAGUUGACUCAUGAUUUAUUAAAUUAAUUUCUUUUUAAAAUGUGGCCAUUUAUAAUUUAUUUUGUAUUUAUUAUUAAAAACAAAAAUGUUUGACUGAUUUUUUUAUUUAGAAAAUAAGUGAAAAAUUCACCUUUUAUUAUAAUGUUUUGCAUUUUUACUAUAUUAUUAGUCUGGUGAUUUUUUUUUUAUCAUUUGACUUAUUUAACAUGGUUUAUUGUUAUAAAUUUAAAAGAAAAAAUUUUUUUUAUAAAUUAUUUAUUUUCAUGUAAAAAAAACAAAAUUAAUUAUCUUCAAUAUAUUUUAUAUGUUUAUACAAAACCAAGAAUUCAGAUUAAAAAAAAUCUUCUUUUUUAAUAUUGUAUAGUACUUAUUACUUACCUUGUAAAUGUUGAUUGAGUGCCAUUGGGUAUUAAUGUGUUAGUUUAUAAUUUAAUAUUUGUAUGUUUUUAUUUAAAAUAUGCUUUAUAAUACCUUCUUUUUUUUUAAGCAAUUACUGAUUAUUUAUUUUAUAUAUUACUGUUAGAUUAUUAUUGAAGAUUAUUUAUAAUAAAGUGAUUUUUUAUUAAGUCAAUAAUAUUUUUACUAGAGUAUUAGAAUUUAAUUAUUAUAUGUGUAUUUUGCAAUUUUUUUAUUAAACAAUAUAUUUUGAUACUAAUUCUUAGUA